AUGGGGUCAGACAUGGUUGGGAUUCUACAACAGCUGCUACAGAGUCAACAGGUGUUUGCAAGUCAGUAUGCAUCUAUGCAGCAGGACAUCAAGGAAUUGAAGCAGAAUCAGGCAUCUAGCUCAAGAAACCAAGGCCAACUACCUGAGCUUCAGGGUAUGGUGGUAUUGAGUCAUGAAUGCAGUGCCAUCAUUCAGAGAAAGGCAAUCCCAAGAAAGUUAACUGAUCCAGGGAGCUUCACACUCCCUUAUGCCAUAGGGCCUCUGCUAUUUUCUGGAUGCCUUUGUGAUCUGGGAGCAUCUGUCAGCUUAAUGCCAUUCUCCAUAGCGAAGAAGCUUGGCUUUAGAGUGUUUAAACCAGCUAGGAUCUCUCUUGUCCUUGUAGACAGAUCAGUUAGGUUACCUGUUGGGAUGUUGGAAGAUCUGCCUGUCAAGAUAGGUGGUUUUGAGGUUCCUACUGACUUUAUUGUGCUAGAGAUGGAUGAGGAACCAGUUGAUCCUCUUAUUUUGGGCAGACCAUUCUUAGCCACAGCAGGAGCAAUAAUUGAUGUGAGAGGUGGCAUAAUAGAGCUUCAGCUUGGGUCUGAGAGGAUAAGUUUAAUGUGA